AAAUUACAAGAAAAAAAAAAGCAAAUUAUUUUCUUCCCCUCCCCUCCAAUUCUUUUGAUGAUCAAAUAGAUGAAUUUUUUCUCCUUUCCUCCCCCCGCUUCCCUUCUUAACUCGAACAUAUUUUUAGAGCUUCCACUAGCACCGCCAAGCAUUUGAGCAAUUGCCUAAAACCCUAUGUCAGGAACAAGUGUUGCAACCACAAGAAAACGAGUGAUAAAUCCUCAAAAUCCUUUUUGCUUUGUUUUUUUAUUCUCGUUUCCUAAUGCAAUCUUCUCAUUUGUUGAUGAGUUGUGCCACGUAAGAUUUGGUAUUGUUGUAACAAAAGUAAGAUAAUGUCAUCAUCUGUGCAACAACUAUCAAGUUCUGUUAAGAACUUUGGUUUGUGAUAAAGACAUAAGUUGCCUGUUUUAAAACCCCUCUAUCAUAUCCUCAUUCCCUUUCUCUUCCUACCAUCCUCCAAUAAUAAUUCUUUCCUUCCUAACCUGAAUAUCCUGCAUCCGUUCAUCCACUUCUCUAGUUGAUGGCUCUAGGUUUAUGGUUAAGGUAGGAUCACUUCCUUAUCAGUUGCCACUCGGUUUUGGAGCUAUUCCCGUCAAAAGGAAAGACCUCCAGAGGAGAAUGUCGAUUAAGGUUGCGAGGAACAAAAGGGUUUUCUCUCUAAAAUUCUCUCACAUCUCUUUGCCAUCUUCUUAAUCUAAACCAUAAAGUAUUACGUCUUUGUUGGGGCUUGGAAACUAUGUUUUAUGAAAAACUAAUCAGGUGUCUUUAUUUAAUCAUCUUUAGAUUUUGAAUAUCAUGAUUUUGAGGGUUUUAAUUUGUUUAAUUGUGAUUGUCCUUAAGUUGCUUUUUGUAGGUAGUGGUAAAUAAGGUUUUUGCUUAAGGCUUCAACAACUACUUUUUGUGUCAUUUUCCAUGGGAAAGAAUAAUCAGAUUUUUUUAAAAUGUAAUGAACAACAAACUAACAAUUAGUUU